CAAACUGGUCACACUUAACAAAAAGUCAAAACAAUUCGCUCCGUUCCGGUUUCUUGAGACAAUUUAAAAGAAUUUAUAAAUCAUGGGAGAACGCUACAACAUUCACAGCCAGUUGGAACAUCUUCAGAGCAAGUACAUCGGUACAGGACACGCGGACACUACCAAAUUCGAAUGGCUAACCAAUCAGCACCGUGAUUCCCUCGCCAGCUACAUGGGACAUUACGAUAUACUCAAUUAUUUCGCCAUUGCUGAAAAUGAAUCAAAAGCGCGUGUACGGUUCAACCUCAUGGAGCGGAUGCUGCAGCCAUGUGGACCUCCACCAGAAAAGCUAGAAGAUUAAUCAAUAAUAACUAGAAUUUACAAAUAAAAACAAGCAUUUUCAAGGGCUGAA